CAAGGCACCUUGCCACUGGCUCUCUCCGCUCGCAUCCCGCUCGAGGUUUUUGGGCUCAUCAUCGAUGGGAUGGAUCAACCCACUUCGGCAGCCGCCGCGCUGGUCUGCACGGCUUGGUACCUUCGAGCGAUGCGCAGCCUCUAUCGUAUCGUCGAGAUCAGCAGCCGUACGAGCUUCGACAUGUUAUUCAAGCAAUGUCGCGCGUCUCCGCGUGUGAAGAGGUGGCUCACUACUACGCACGAGCUAGUGGCCGACGACAAUGAACUUAUCUACCAAGAAAAUCAAAAAGGCCAUCCCUUCCUUCAGGCGUUGCCCAUUGCGCUCGUUCACGCGGUGCCUAGCGUACGCACCCUUCGCAUCACAGGAGGAAACCUUCGUUUCAUGCAACCGACUUUCUUCCUUGGCCUGUCGCGCUUCAAGGACGUCACGUCGUUGUUCCUGCGUGAGUGCAAACUGAAUAAUGUUGAACAGCUGCGGCAUAUCAUCUGUGCCUUCCCUAAGCUAACGGAGCUCAGUAUAACUCGCAUCGAUCUCACGCAGCGACUCAGAGGUCCUGCCUGCUACGUGGGAGCCACACUAGUUCAGUCACCAAGUCUUCGGCACCUUCAAAUCGAUGUCGGAAGCGACUCGAUGGUGGCGUUCAUUGACUGGAUGAUGCAUUCCGGCUAUUUUACAUCCCUCGAAGAGCUGAGGCCUUGGAUACCGUGUAAAGUCGAACACUUGAUGGAGAACCUGAGUAAAGUACUCGAAACAGCAGGAGCAUCCCUUACUCUGUAUCAUGAAUGGUGCACAGGGCCUGAAGUUGAGCCUGACCCAGACGGUGGAGAUGAUCACGGCAACCUAUCGCAAAACACCGCACUGCGGUCCUUAGAAUUCACGCUGAACGACAUCUGCCCAGAAUACGGCGACCGGUCGCUUGAACCGUGGGUCAAAUUGGUGGACGAGCUAUAUGGUGUCCUCUCCACCGUCCGGAGCCAUGAGCUCGAGUACAUUGGAAUCAAGUCUAGUCUUGGUUUCUAUGACCACGAUUACAAGGACCUCGACACCGUCCUCGAGGAGGUCGAUUUGGGGGCCUUGCACGAGGUCAUGGCCUGGCCGUACUUUGAUAUGCUGAAGGAUGUCAAGAUAAAGAUGGGCCUACUCGGAGUACUGGAUGACAGCAAGGUUGAUGACAUCGGUCGGAGGCUCGCACCCGUGUACCGUGGGUUACUGCGGCCGUGGUCUGACCGCGGUAUAGUUAGCGUCACCCGAUGGAUAUAAUACUGCAAUGAGCUCUGCACAUUGUAGACGCUGACAGCGUCUGUGGCGGGUCACCCAAUUGGCACGAACCAAGGUGGCAAUACAGAGGCAUCGUCCCCAGCAGCAUCCUCAGGGCGUGGGUCGAUGGGAGCGAAUAGCUUGCCCACAAGAGGCUGCUGGGCUACGCAAUCAACCAUCUCGGA